UUGUACUCUUCCCUCUACCUUCCCAUAGAAUUCUCCUCCCACAUGAGAGAGAACAGAUCUCUCCAUCUCCGACUUAUAUAUUUGUCCCAUCCUUCUCUUGUUUGAAAGGAGAAGCGUAACAAACCAAGCCUUCUCUUCCUCGCCACCGACGUCCCGCAGCGUCCGUGCGCACCACCAGCCAUGGGGUUCACCGUCACCAAGGCGUCGGAGGGGUACGUCCGGCCGGCGGAGCCGACGCCGCCGGGCUCGCUGACCCUCGACUGGAUCGGCCGUUACCCGACGCACCGCGGCCUCGUCGACUCCCUCCACAUCUUCAAGCACGGCAAGGAGCCGGCCAAGGUGAUACGAGAGGGUCUGGCCAAGGCGCUGGUGCCGUACUACCCCCUCGCCGGCCGCAUCGUGCAGCCAGAGGGGUGCGACCCCCGGGUGGAGUGCACCGGCGAGGGCGUCUGGUUCGUGGAGGCCUCCGUCGAUUGCAGCCUGGCGGACGUCAAUCACUUGGAGCGCCCCUUGAUGCUCGCGCAUGAGGAUCUCGUGCCCUACACCGAGCUGGAGACCAGCCCCGCCGACACCAUCAUGAUGAUUCAGGUCACUGAAUUCACAUGCGGUGGAUUUGUCGUCGGCAUACGCUUCAAUCACGCGUCUGCAGAUGGCAUGGGAUCGGCACAGUUCAUUUACGCCGUCGGCGAGCUCACCAGGGGUCUUCCGGAGCCAACAGUCAAACCAGUCUGGGACAGAGACAGCUACCCUAACCCAAAGGUCAAACCUGCACCACUCCCUGACCUCCCCAAGCUAGCCUUGGAUUACUCUGAAUUGAACUUCCCGGCCCACUACAUCAACCAAUUGAAGAAUCAGUACUUGGAGCACGCCAAUGGCCGAUGGUGUUCAACCUUCGACAUUGUCAUUGCCAAGGUUUGGCAGUGCCGCACUCGGGCAGUUUACUCCGACCCCGACGUCAACAUCCGCAUGUGCUUCUUCGCCAGCACUCGCCACAUACUGAAGGUCAACAAGGGAUACUACGGCAACUCGAUCUUCCCGGUUAAAGUGUCGACCACCAGCGGCGAGAUCAUGAGCUCCUCGGUUGUCGAGAUUGUGGACUUGAUCAAGAAGGCCAAGGAUCAGAUGGCGGUGGAUGUCUUGAAGUGGGCGAACGAUGAAUUCGAGUCGGAUCCCUUCAGCAUGACCUUCAACUACGAGACCAUCUACGUCUCGGACUGGACGAAGCUUGGAUUCUCCGAGGUGGACUACGGAUGGGGAAUUCCCAUGUACUGUGGUCCAUUUACCAACAACGACUACAUUGCGUCCUGCAUUCUCCUGAAGGCGCCGGCGCCGUUCGAAGGUACUCGGCUCAUCGCCAGAUGCGUCUCCAGUGAGCACACGGAUGCCUUCAAUGAGCAGCUUAACAGAUUCGACUAAGAGUGUGGGAGUGUCUCUGCUUUAUAAUAAUCUUGAGGCUUUGUGCUCGUCAUUUGUGGAACUGGUAUUGGUUUAUCGUUGCUUUUACUUGAUAUUAUGGAAGGAAUUUUAUCGAA